AGUUUACCGGAGCGACUUGGUGCUCGGACAGCGCCGAGGAGGAAUCACCCCCAUGGUACACGGGACUAAAGGGAACCAGAUCUUCUGAACUGGGGGGAAAAUCUGGGGAAAGAUGCCGUCCAGGAAGAAAACCUCCAUGUUUGCCUCUUCCUUUUGUACCUGUGUGUGCUCCUUCGUGGUGAUCUGCGUGGUGCUGGCCACCCCGCACUGGGUGAGCAGCGAGGUGCGGUUCUCGCGCACCGGCUCCACCGUCACCGUCAGCCUCACCUACGGCCUCUUCAGUGGCACCUGCCAGCAGUUCGUGGAUGCAGGGCUCCAGGUGUCCAAAACCAACUUCCAAGUGUCAGAGGCCCUGAGCAGCAGCAGCAGCAGGGGCCUGAUCGUGGCCACCAUCGUGAUGCUGGUGCUGGCCCUGCUGAGCUCCCUGCUCAGCGCUGGCUUCACCUGCACCAACGCUGUCAGCAACCCCUACCAGACAUUCCUGGGCCCCAUCGGAGUCUACACCUGGAAUUCCGUCUGUGGAAUCCUCAUCCUCAUAGCCAUGAUCCUUUUCCCUGUGAACGUGGAAGGAAACAGCCUGUCUGAAGAGCUGGCCCACAGCUGUUCCAGCUCCCUGCAGGCACACCUUGGAUCCAAACACAACUAUGGAUACUCCUACUGGAUCAUGCUGCUCAUCCUUUUCCUGAACAUUGCUUCUCUCAUCAUCAUCUAUUUCUACGACCACGCCAGAUAUUCCAAGAAGAAAGAGCAGGAAAGACCCAUAGAAAAUGCACCAAAGGAUGUUAUUCUGUUUUAAGGACACCGUGGAGAAGGGGGUGUGAAGGGAGAUGACUUUAAUGCGGACAGCAACUUUCCAUUUGCUCUGAACUGCGUGCACACUUCAAUUCCCAGAUUGUUUUGAGGACACAAAAGCCUGGUUUGGUUUCAGCUGCCUGCUGGCCCGAGCAGGAAGAUCAAAGCCAAUGUUUUAGUCGAGACUGCAAACACCAGGAUCCCUUGGGAUGAGGAGAAAUGGUCACUGAGGUGCUGCUGCUCCAUUUUCUCCUUGCUCUGCUCAGGGAUCUCCUGCAGGUCUGGAGGCUCCUGGGCAUGGGAGCACUUGUGGCCAGAAUCCACAGGACACAGAGGUGGGGUCCCCAUCCCUGGAGUCUCCAUCCCCAGCCCUGUGGAGGUGGCACCUGGGGACACGGGGCACUGGUGGCCUUGGCAGUGCUGGGGAAUGCUUGGACUCCAUGGAUUUUCCAACCUAAAUGAUUCAACCAUUCCAUGACAGCAGAGAAGCCCAGUAUCUGCAGGUUAUUAAUGCACAGAAACACCAGCAAAUCCUGCUUGAGCCCUGCCAAGGGCAAAGCCACACCUGGGCAGGUGAGCCCAGCCCCUCUCCACACGUCCCUGCCUGUACAAAGUCCCCCAGGUGAUGAUUUCAGUGAUGAUUUCUGGCCAGGGCCAUCCCUUUGCCCAGUUUGAGGAGUAUUUAUUGUGCUCACAACGACACAUGGCUGCAGGAUGCCCAGGAGUGGGGAGCUCCCUUCUCACUCCUCCCAGGAAUGAGCACUGGGACCUUGGGACAGAUCCAAAGUGCAAAAUCCUGCUCAGAGCACGUGUUCAGCACUUCUGCCCCUUUGUCCCUCACCUCUGCAGCCAGGAGAGACUUUUUUUUUAUUCCUUUAAAAAGAAAAAAAAAGCCUCCUUCUCCUUUCCAGUGUGAAUUUCAGUCACACUCCAUAUCUGUCCUGUGAUGCUCAUGGAGAUAAAACAGCAUUUUGAAGGGGGAUGAGGAGAUACAAGAGAUGAAUCCUCACUAUUUAUGUCAUAAAAAUAAAGUCUGGAGAUGAAAGCAGCCAGCACUUUGUGCAGCUGAGCUCUUUCAAAGGAAACAAAGCAGAGGGAUUUCCCAUCCCUCUUAAAAGGGUGCUGAGGGCAGAGUGGGGAAUAAAAUGAAAAUAAAACAGGGUUUCUGAAACUUGAGGGGUGGCACAGGUCAAUAAAACCAGGGCUGAUCUUUGCGUGCCUGGAAGUGCUGGGGAGGGCUGGAAAAGUUAUGGUGGAGCCAAACAUUUGCCAGUUCUGCUUUGGCUGCAAAAGAUUUUCAGUUUCAGAGUUCAUCUGUCAGUGUCGGGCCCAGGCAGCAUCUGUCACACACCACAGAUGGAGUCAGAAUAAUGCAGGAGGAGCAAGAAUUGAACUCUGGAGAGCUCAGAGGGGUCUGGUGGAGGAUGGAGUCAGAAUAAUGCAGGAGGAGGAAGAAUUCCAGCUCUGGAGAGCAGGAAAUUCUCCUUGCCUGGGAGUUUCUGCUGUAUCUAAGCACUGGUUUGGGAAAUCACAUAAACCCUGCAUUUGGAUGCCUGCUGGGAGCACGUGGCUCUGUUAAAUCUGACUGGAGGUCUCUUGUUUGCCUGCAGACACCACAGAGUCGCUGUGUAACAAAUCUCACCUGCUUUGAUGUGAGUGCUGGAUCAAAGCCAGCACAGCACUACAACAACCUGAUUUAAACAGGAGUUCAAGUUGCAGCUGACUAGCAAAGCUACCUCGGGGUUCUUCCUCUGCAUGUUCUAUUUCAAUUUGAGGGCAGAAAUUCGCUUCCCAGCACAAAGAGCUGCUCAGGGAUGGAGCAGGGGGAUGGGGCUGAGGAGCACCCACACAUCCCUGCCCCAGCCCCAUUGAUUUGGGGCAGUAAACUGCAGAGUACAAUAUUUGCAGGCAGAAUUUUAAAUACAGAAAGUUCUCAUUCUCACUCUGCUCCAAAAGCAGGCACCCAGGACAAGCUCAAAUUCAGAAGUUUUCUGUGAGCUGCUGGUAAUUUCUCCUGAAUUAGGGACCAACCAACCACAGCAGGAGGGAACACACAGAGCUGGCAUCAAAUUUUCAUCCUACAAUUCCCUCAAACACUUCCCUAAAAUUCCUUGCCAGUGCUGGAAGUGGCAGCAGAGCACUGUGUGCAGAGGGGAGUUAGAAUUUAUAGGGUGCCCCUGGAUCCCUGAUGUUUACAAAUAAAAUAUAUACCAUAUAAAAACACACACAAAUACACACCAAUACCACAAAUACAUACCAUAUAAACCUUCUGUUAAACUCUAAAAAUUCUCUGCAAAUCCAUUUCCCACACCUGGAAGUGUCCCAGGCCAGCUUGGAGCACCCUGGGAUGAUGGGAGGUGUCCCUGCCCCUGGAAUUGGGUGAGUUUAGGGCUCCAUCCAACCCCAAACCGUUCUGUGAUUUAUCUGAUCCUGGUUUCAGGCUCUCCUGCCUUUCAGCCCCAGCCCAGCCUCCCCCGGGGCAGCCAGAGGAAUAUUUCUGUCAGAGAGCCCAGUAACAGAGACCAUGAGCUGUGUCUGAGAUGCUGUGCUUGAUUGGGAGCAUCAAUUGUAAAUCCCAGCAGGGAGUUCUGAGCAGCAGGAGCUGCUGCCUCUGCAGUAGAGCAGCUCCUGGGGACAGCGAUUGCUUUAUUGACUCAGCCCCUUCGCCUCUGGCUAACAGCAAGGCUGCACUGCCUCUUUUUCCCUGUAAUUGUGAAUUAACCAGCUCUGCAUGCUGUCGAGGAGCUGUGCCUGCAUCAGAAAUUUUUGGAUUUGCCUGCCUGCAGCUUUGCAAUGUUUUUUUAUUAAAUGUUUUCGGCUGCUGCUAAACUUUAGGUGUCUGCUAAUUUACCAGGUGUUGAGGAUCCUCUGUGGUUUCAAGGAAAACUGUCUUUAUUCAGCAUUUCUGCUGCCUGGUGUAACUUUCACCCAGUGAGAAACUUUGAGAAUGAACUAUAAAGUUCAAGUAGAUCUGGUAUGAAUAAAAUCACAGAAUUAGAGGAUGGUUGGUUGGAAGGGAGCUUUAAAUUAAUCUCAUUCCAUGGGCAGGGACACCUGCCACUAUCCCAGGGUGCUCCAACCCCUUGGGCACUGCCAGGGAUCCAGGGGCAGCCUCAGCUGCUCUGGGCACCCUGUGCCAGGGCCUCAGCUCCCUCACAGAAAAAAAGAUUUUUUCCUAAUAUAAAAAGAAAUAUUUAAUCCUAAUAUACAACUUAAAUCUCUCUUCUUUAAUCUAAAGCCAUCCUUCCUUGUCCUGUGCCCCUGCAGAAAGCAGGGUGAGGAUGUAUAGCCCAGUUAAUGUUAUAAAUGAUUAUUUAAAACCCUGCAAUUCAAUCAGGAUCACGUUAGCAGAAGCAUCCGAGUGAUUUAUUCAGCCAGAGAAGAAGAAGUGACUUAUUGAGUCAGAGCAACCAUUAUGGACAGCAGGGACUGGGAGUGAGGGACUGCCUUGGAUUUCUGCUCUAGGGCUAAAAGGAGGAAGAGAGGGAGCAGAUGGGAGCAGGGGGUGCCUUGCUGGACAAUCCUCUCUUGUUCCUCUCUCUCAAGCUCAGCUUUCAGCAUUUCUGAGCCGGGGCACAAGGUGGGACUGGGGUGUUGGAGGGGGAAUCACCUUUCAGGCAGUUGGAGGCAGGAUCCUCCUGUGACCUGGGGGAACAGCAGCCCCUGGAAGUGUGAGGGUGGAACAUGACCUGGUGUGGUUGUGUUCGAGGGUCCCAGGAUGAGGGAAGAGAGGAGAAUCUUGACUCCAUGCUUCAGAAGGCUGAUUUGUUACAUUAUGAUAUUAUAGUAUAUUAAAAUGCUAUUUUAAACCAUACAAAAAAGAAUAUAGAGAAAGGAUCCAUCAGAAAGGUAGAAAGGAAUGGAAUGAAUAAAAAAACCCCAUAACUCUCAGAGUGUCCACACAGCUGGACCACCAUUGGUCAUUAAGCAGAAACAAUCCACAUGGAAAAAAGAAAGAUGCCCCUGUUGGUAAACAACCUCCAGACCUCACUCCACAGCCAUCAGAGAGUUAUUGCUUACAUUGCUUUUCUGAGGCUCCUCAGCUAGAAUAGGAGAAAAACCCUAACAAAGGAUUUUCAUAAAAUAUC